AUGCUCUCCAGAAUGAGGUAUGGCGGCGUUGUGCUCGUGUGUGCUGCAGUCGCCAGAGCAUCGCCGCAUUUUAAGGACCUUGAAAAGGCCUCAAAGUCCGCCCUUGGCCACACAACAAGAGCUGCCUCACAGAGCUCGCAGCGGAUGGCAAAGGGACGGAAGUGCGUGGGUGACUACGCGCGGCAGGAGCUGUGGAUGCGCGGCUUCCUGCGGCACUCUAUGGCAGAGUCAGUACAAACACACUCUGGUGACCCGGAUGCCGGCAUGGCAUACUCUGUCCGGGGGUUCCACAAGAAGGUGUAUGUACAGCAGGGCCUUGAACUCGAUGGAUGGCCGAGCGACAUCCCGUUCACCAAUCUCAGCAAUGUGACCGGCUUCGCGCGGAUCUCCGCGCUCUUCGUACUCUGGCAGACCGGGCUGAUGAAGUUUGUCCCUGUUGCACUAAGCGAGCGGGAGCGGGCGGCGAGGAACCCUGCUGACGUUGCUCCGGGAACACGGAACAAUGGUGUACCUCCGAACCUGGGACGAAGCGACAUCAAGAAGCACCGCAAACGAGCGAAGGUCGACGUGGUCAAGUAUCCGCCGCGGCAUGUACGUAACGGUACCACGUCCGACAAGUGGGUCACGGCCCGGGCUGAGGCAGAGGCUCGAGCGGAGGCUGAUGCAGGCCGGCGGUCGUCUGGGGCAGGCAGAGCGACGGACAGGGCGGGAAGGGAGGAUCCGAGUGAUCCAAUUGAGGACUGGGAGGACGAGCCAGGGGCGGCGGUGAGCACGGGUUUGUGGGACUUGCGGCAGAGCUGGAGCCGUCGAGUCGAAGCGGUCAUGUACCGUAACACUCUGGAUAUGGAGUAA